AUGAAGGAAAAAAAACCACGCGCUCAUUCUUCAACUUGCUCUAAACUGUCACACGUCCUACUCCUCUGUAUUGUGGAGCUGGAUAGUCUCGACGGCGCACGGUGGUGGCCUCCUUCCCCAACCCUCUCCUCUCCUACCUUUCCCUCCCCCUCUUCUCUCCUCUCUUUCUCUACCCUUCCCUCCCCACCCCUCUCUGCCUUCCUCUCCUCCUUGCUUUCUUGGGGUUGUUUACCACUUUUUUGGCUAGAUUUUCCCCUUGCCUGCAGUGGUGGUUUCGUUGGCAACUCUUGUGGUUUUGUUGUGCUUGAAAUCUUUGGUUGCAUAACAUACUUUCUCCCAUGUGUUACCUUCGGCCGGAUUGCAGAAGUUGUAGAUGAAGGACGAAGUUCAUGCUGCGCACAGGGUUGUGCAUACUGCUGCUUGAUGAUGGUCCAAUUCCACUGGCUCUACUCAUGCAUCUACAGAGAGAAAUUGCGUACGAAAUUUGGCCUACCAGACAAACCUUGUUGUGAUUGUGGUGUUCAUUUCUUCUGUGACUCAUGCGCCCUUUGCCAAGAGCAUGCCGAGCUUAAAAUCAGAGGCUUGGAUCCAUCCAAAGGUUGGACUGGGCCACCAAAUGCUGCUCCAAAGGCUUUCUCCAUGUUUAGAUAGUUAAUCUCUCCAGUAUUUUCUU